AUGAGCUUGGCAACGACGUCGUAUCUAGCUCGGCGGGCAGCACAGAAGGAGAGGGUUAGAAUCCUCUACAGGCGAGCGCUCAAGGACACUCUCAACUGGGCCGUGCAUCGCCAUCUCUUUUACCCUGAUGCUGAUGCUCUGAGAGAGAAGUUUGAGGCCAACAGACAAGUGGAAGAUAUUGAACUUAUUGAUAGAAUGAUAUCUGCUGGUGAAGCAACCUACAACAAAUGGCGGCACCCUGAUCCUUACAUUGUUCCAUGGGCUCCCGGUGGCACCAAAUUUUGCCGCAACCCGCCACCACCUCCUGGGAUUGAGAUAAUACACAACUAUGGUUGUGAGGACCACUGA